GCUUAUGUCUGAUGCAUCAAGUAACGUUAACUGAGUCCUGAUUGGAAACCCUGUUCGUUGCAGGGUCAAAUUAUUUGGCAGAAUACCUGUGAGCUCCUUUGCACACGUUUUCACCCGAACUAUGACCUUCCACGUCGGUCUCACUGAUUCACACGAGUUUUCUCCCGUGAACAUGAACUACCCAGCCGCCCACAUCCAUAUGCUGCCAGUGGAACUUCUACAGCACAUAUUCUUGCUUGUCGUCAAUGACGUUCCAGACUGUCCUAGUGUCUUCUCCUAUGGGGAUACAACCAUCUCCCCCAAUGUUGGCAGCCCUCCCCUAGUCUUCACCCGCGUGUGUCAUUUUUGGCGAGUCAUAUCACUUUCAACGACAGCGAUCUGGUCGCGCAUGCAGGUCUCCCUUCCGGGGCGAGUCGAACCGUUGAAACCAUUCCUUCCAUCUUUCCUUCAGUCGUGGCUUGCACGCUCUGGAAAUCAGCCCCUUACCCUCCGCAUCGUGUCCGGAGAGCUCCCUGUACGCACCACACGCCGCUGCAUGCGACAGCCGUGUCAAGAACCCUCACAAGCAGAUUCUCAACUGCUCGAAAUCCUUCUUUCUGAGAGCAAGCGUUGGGAAGCCGUGGCCCUGGCGUUUUCAGACGACCUGAACCGUAACUUCGAC